GUGUACGACGACGCGACCGAGAAGACGUGUGCGCUCUGGACAUAUUGAUCUCAACGGUGCUUUUCAUUGUAGUAGCUUGUCACGUAUACGUAUACGUACACUCGAGCUUUGUCUUUUUAAACAACAAUCCAACUGCCAUGGAAAAUAUGUAAAAAAUAGUUUAGUGCAACGAAUAAUUUAACGCGAAAUUAAACGAUAUUCAACGAUAAGGAAAAGUGAUUUAAAAACAAUGCACAAAUGAAGCUGCAACGACAUAAAACGAACUGUCACAAAUCACAAAGUCAACAAACACACUGCCUGCCGCCCACUGCCCCACAAUGGGGCAGCAACAACAUAUGGCUCCUGCUGCUGGGGGCCCUGCUGCUGUUGUCCUCGUGCCAACUGGGUCGCGCCCAACAGCCCCAACAGGGGCUGCCCCCAGCAGACACCGAGGUGGAACUGCUGCAGGAGAAUGAUAUCGAGUUCGCCAGUCUCGAUGGCGCCACACAACUUCUACCCGCCACAAGGGCACAUUCGGGAGACGCCACCAUGACGCCGCCGCCGCCGCCGCCGCUGUCGACGCCAGUCCCGCUGACAUCAUCGUACACGGAGCUGCAGGGUGGCGAAAUCCUCAGCGAGCGCACUCUCCGGCGCAGCGAGAGCCCGUACCUGGCGCGCGACGACCUCGAAGUGAUGCGCGGGGCACGCCUGACCAUCGAGCCGGGGGUCACCAUUGAGUUUGCCCCCACCAAGGGCCUCAAAAUAAAGGGAGUUCUCCAGGCAGUGGGCACCCCAACAGAAAGAAUUGUGCUGAAGUCGCAAGGCAAUACAGCAAACUAUAAAAUGGAGCUGCCCGAUGACCAGGAGAAGGGCAUACGUCUGGUAGAUGGACCCACUCCCGUCGAGGGAAGACUGCAGCUGUACCACAAAGGUGCCUGGCGAUCAGUGUGCUCCAACUCUAGAAAUUGGACCUUGGCCGAUUAUGGUGUGGCCUGCAAGCAGUUGGGCUAUAGAGGCGGUCGCUUCUGGAACUGGGUGGAAAGGACGCCAGGAUACUAUCCGCGACUGCUUUACGAGCAGCCCAAGUGUCGGGGAGGAGAGAACCAGCUGGUGGACUGUGCCUGGAGCUCCCGGCAGAUGGGAGCCGGAGCCUGCGAUUACCACAACGACUUGGGUAUCCAAUGCCAGCCGGUUCAUGCCGAGCCCCUGGGACAUUGGCGUGGCAUCUACUUCGAUAAUGCACCAUCCACAAAGGCCCUGGGAAGGGACAACACCGUGUACGCUGCCCGUUCGGAAUCACGUCUGAAGUAUGUGGACAUAAUACGAGCAGGAAACGGCGAGGGUUUCAGUGCGAAAUCCGCUGUGGAAGUCCAGGGUUUGCCCCCGCAAAUGGAGCAUGUGGUGAUCAGUCACUCGGCCUACACGGGAUUCAACAGCACCCUUCCGUGGGCAGGAUUCAACCUGCAGAAUGUCACCGUGCGAAAGAGCAACGGCAUCGGAGUGUUUGUCAAUUCCAGCCAGGGAUUGGUGCAGCUCGAUGGCUGCUCGAUUGUGGACAAUGCGGCAGAUGGUGUCAAAUAUGUGGGCCACGAUCUGCGCGGCACAGAGCGGAAGGACCGGGCGAGCAUCUAUGACUUUUGCACGCUGCCCACGACCUCGGGGCAAACGUACCCCAUUUCACUGUCCUUCACCCAGAAAUACUAUGCCGGCUCGGCCAAGGAGUGCGGCAAGUACUUCUUCACGCGUCCCGGUUACCUGUUGACCCUACACUUCGAGCACUUUGUCCUGAUGCAAAACGAGACGGCCACCGUGGAGAUCUACGACGGAGCCUCCACCAACGAUCGACUGCUGUUCCAGUGGCAGGCGAGAAACUCCACGCGGCCACAGAGUGUGACCACCACCAGGGAGAAGAUGUUUGUCCGGAUACGUGCGGAUGCCAGGCAGGAGAUGAAUGGCUACUUCCGGAUCACCUCCGGCGACUCAGUGGCCUACGAUCUGAAGGUUUCCCAAUCCACGGUGGAGGAUAAUGGCGGCCGUGGCGUGGCCAUCGACAACAUCCGCUCGAAGAUACACGUGCACAGCAGCUCCGUCUCCGGCAAUGGCCAUGUGGCGGGUGUGCAUGUGACCAGCGGUGCCGGAGAUGUGAACAUCACCAGCUCCAACAUCAGCUUCAACAAUGGAGCCGGUGUGAACAUCACGUAUUAUGGAGGAAACAGGAACAUCUCGCGGUCGGCGCUGACGGCCAACAAGGGCUAUGGAGUGGCCACAUGGCUGAAUCACACCACGGAAAUCGAUCGAGUGGAGUACAUACCCUUCAAUCAGACCAGCGUGUUGGAGUACUCGCAGAUAGGAGGGAACCUGGAGACGGGUGUAUUCCAUGGCAACUUUUGCCGCCCCAUUUGGGUGAACAUCACCGGCAACAGCUUCAACGGGAGCCAGCAGAACGAUGUCUUCAUCGAGUCCUGCUACCAGGCCACGGCCAAUGGUCUGCCGAACAUGCAGCUCCAGCUGGGACACAAUCAGUUCAAGUACUCCCAAGCAAACUCCAUAAACCUAAGUCCCGCCCUGAAUCUCCAGGGAAGGAUCGAGUUCAACGUGUUCCGCUUUGGCUCCUACGGAUGUCUCUAUGUGAACAACGAUUACAUUUAUCCGGAGUUCAACUAUUUCCCCGUAAAGCUAAUCAUUCAAAGCAAUUACUUCAUGCGGAACAGUGGUGUCCACGUGGUGUCCUUGGGUCUGUCGCCCUACAGCCGAGCAGAGGUGCAGUACAUUCUCUUCACGCGGAACUUCGUGCGGAGCAACAACAUUACGGAGGCCUUUGGACCGCUGAUUGCUGGCAGUGAGGGCUCUGACGGUGCGGGCAGACUCAAUCCCAGAUCUCGGGUGGCAGCUCCCGUGGUUGUGGGCUCCAGCAAUGUGGACAUCUUCCGGAAUAUCCUCCACAAUCUGGACUCCAUGUACGAGAUUGGCUCACAGCUGACGGACCAGAGCAAGAUCAUUAAUGCCACCUGCAACUGGCUCGGACACACCGACGAGAAUCGCAUCUAUGCGAGACUCUUCCAUCGCAAUGAUCGCUAUAAUCUGGCAAAGAUCAACUACAUUCCCUACCUGCUGCACAGCUCUAAUCCUGGAUCCACUGCCAUGAUCACUGUGUCGACUGUGGUGCCUCGAUUCUUCCACGAAGGCAGCGAUGUCAUCGGAGGCGAGGUGGAUGGCCAGGAUAUGGUCCCGGCAGGCACUUACACGGUCACCAAGGACAUCAACAUUCGGCCAGGAGGAAAGCUCAUCCUGCAGCCAGGAACUACGCUGAGAUUCGAGCCCAGUGUCGGGAUGAUGGUGGCAGGCAAACUGGAGGCAAGAGGUCGCCGACCCGACGACAUACUCUUCACCCUCAAAAGGGAGACCAUCAUUGGGGAGCACAACGAUACGGAGACCGUCGAUUUGGACAGCGAAACGGAGGCCAUUGACAUGGAAACGGAGGUCAUUCCCUCCGAUGGUGUCCCCAGGAUUCCGGUGCGUCUUGUGGGUGGUGCGGGCGCCAAUGAGGGAAGGCUACAGAUGUACAUCAAGGGGCGCUGGGGCACCGUCUGUGAUUAUGGCUGGAGUGUGCUGAACGCUGCUUUGGUGUGCCACCAAUUGGGUUACUCCCUGAAUCCCCAGGAUUGGCGACUACUUCGCUCACAGCUGCCGAGUGCAGGCACCUCCGAGGACAUCCUGGUGGCCAAUGUGCGGUGCACACUUCAGGAUAAAGACGUCACAAAGUGCAGGGCGGAGUACGAGUUCGAGAACACGUGCAGCCAUGAAAACGACGUGGGUUUGCGGUGCUACGAGGGUGCCUGGGCGGGCGUACGCUUCAGCAUGCUCGCGGAGAGAGCAGACCUUCAGUAUGUGACCGUCGAGAAAGCAGGACUCUUCGACUACACCACGAAUGCCUUCCGGCCGGCCGUGCAAAUGGAUCAUGCCCGUCACAAUCUGGAGAACGUGCGAGUGGUGAACAAUCUUCAGGAUGGUCUGGGCAUCAUCUAUGCGGACAUUUAUGCUGGCAAGUCGGUGAACAACAUCAAGAACUCGGAGUUCUCUGGCAAUCAGGGCAGCGGCAUCAGCUUCAAGCAGUUGGAUUUCCGCAUCUCCGGCUCCAUCAUCAAGGAGAACCGUGGCAGUGGCAUCACCCACGAUGCGGUGAUCUCAGCACUCGAUCAGAAGGAGAUCGGCGGAUGGUUCAGCAUGGCCACGGACUUCAACGCCUACGACACAGACUACGAUCCGUAUUUGCUGCCCCAUGAGAUAGCCAACAUCGAUCUGGGCACCUUCGAGCACAAGUAUAUUCGCACCGAGGAGCUCUUGGGACAGUCCAUCAGUCGGAAGAUUGUGGUCCAGUGCCCUGCGGGCUACGUGAUAGGCAUACAACUCCUCAAUCCCAUACACAAUCUGUCGACGGAGAGCAUCAGCAUCUUGAAUGCACGAACGGAGAAUAUAAGGAGCGAUCUGUGGCAGGUGAAGCGCGACCUGAAUGUCUUCCCCGUGACAAGCAGCAGCUACGGCAUCAUUAUUUACUACGAGAGUGGCCUACACGCCCUGGGUGGAGCUGUCCUUAUGCUGAGUACAGUCACGGCACCCGUUCAAAACAUACGUAACCGGAUUGUCAGCGGACCAGUGCCCACCCUCCUCAUACGAUCCACAAAGAUCCAGAAGAAUCUGAGGGGCAUAACCGGCAUUUACUACAACCGAUAUAUAGGGGACAAUGGAGAGAACUAUCUGCGAAAGGCCAACGAAUCCAUACGUCUGAUCAACUCGGAGCUGAGCUACAACGAUCACGAGGCGAUUCUCAUUCGGUCACCCUUUUGGGACGUGAUAUCCAGCAAUCUCUCAGAGGUCACCAUCCACGUGAACGGAUCUUUGAUCUCCCAGAACGGUCAUGGCAUCCGUCAAAUGUCCAAGGAUCUGCGCUCUUCCAACAAUCUCUUCCAUUAUGUGAUACAGGACACCACCGUGGAGCAGAACACCCACGGAGGCUUCCAGGUGGCUCUGCCGUACGUCUGGCAGUACAACGAGAACUUCACGCACUCCAUUUACUUUGGGAACAGCACCUGGCAGCGGAAUCGCGACUUUCACAUAUCCGUUCAUGGCCACUAUACCGUGUUUAAUAUCACCUCGAAUGUCUUCAGGGAGAACAAUUGUCCGAACGCUCUGAUAGCCCUCGAUGGCAUGGAGAAACGUCUGAAAUUCGACAAUAAUCGUUUUGAAUCGAACAACGCGAAAUUUGUGCUGCUCUUUAAGGCUGAUUCGCUGAGUGAAAUCAUCGGACAGGUGCCCGCCAGCAUAGAAUACAACAGCUUCAAGGGCAACAAGAUUGUCACCUUCACUGCCGACUACAGACAUCACUAUUUGAAGGCCGUCAGGAAGCUGCGAAAACAGCAUCGUGUGCCCACCGCUGUGAUCCGUUUGGAUGGUGUCCAGAACGUGAGACUCUAUCGAAAUCUUAUAUCAGAGAACGACAUGGACUACAACCUGGUGGCGGGUGUCAGAUCCGCCAGAUUGAACAACUAUUUUGAGGCGCGAGAGAACUGGUGGGGCACCAGGGACACCACCCAUAUAGAGUCCAAGAUCUUUGACUUUGACAACUGGAACGAUCAUGCGGAUGUGAUAUAUCAGCCGUUCUUGAUCGAGGAUAGCUACGACGCGAGUGUCUCCGUGGUGGUGCCUUUCAAUCGGGACCAGGAGAUCGAUCUCUAUACGUAUCGUGGCGGCAGGGUCUACAAGGAUCUGACGCUGCUCAAGCAGAGCUCUCCCUACUACAUAUCGUCGGAUAUCACAGUGAUGCCUGGCAAAACCCUGACCAUCAAUCACGGCGUGACCAUGGAGUUUGAGCCGAAUGUGGGUAUCCUCGUUCUUGGAACUCUAAUGGCCAUUGGCUACAAGGAGUCGCCGAUUGUGAUGCGUCCCUUCCGGAACGCCACCCGCGAGUCCAUGGUGGAGGCACAGCCCCGGAAGCGUGCCCUGGAGGAUAUGAGUGCGGCUCUCACCGAUUUCGAUUCCAUUCGAUUGUGCACCAGUGCCAACAACUGCACGGGGGAGGCGGACGGACUGUUCGGCCUGAAUGAGGGAUUCCUGGAGUACUUUAAUCACACGACACUGCAGUGGGUGCCCAUAUGCGAUGGUCGCUUCACCGAACGCAAUGCCCAGGUCGUCUGCCGGGAGCUGGGCUUCGAUCCCCUGAAUGUCUACUAUGGUCACGACAGGCGCAUUGAGUUCCACACGAACUCGCUGACUCGCAUUUGGUCCUGGGUGCAGCCCCUGGAGUGUCGUGGCGAUGAAGAGCGCAUGGAGGACUGUGCAGAGCGGCUGAAUGGUCAGCUCUACGGGCACCGUCACGAGUGCAAGUGGGACGAUGUCUAUGUCUUCGUGAGCUGCAAUAGUGUGGCCGACGAUGAGGUCUACUGGGGAGGGGUGCGUUUCGCCAACUCAAAGUUCGAGGAGAUCCAAUACGAGCAUCGUCUGCACAACACUCGCUCCCAUGCCCGUCUUCCUUUGAGGGAAAGUCAAUUGGAGUACGUGAAGAUCGAGCAGGCGGGUAUCCUGCACAAUCACAAGGCAGCCGCCAUACAGGCCAUCCACAAGAAUCCCACCAUAAGUUCCGUGAGCAUCGAGAACUCGGCCAAUCACGGCAUCAAUCUGAUUGCGCCCAGUGGCAAGCUCAAUCUCAAUCAUCUGAACAUCAACAAGACCCUGGGAACAGGCAUCAGCAUUGUUUCGCUCACUGGAGAGGGACGGGACAGCGAUGAAUCCAGCUUUUCGCCAUUGAAAAAUCUCGAUCUUCCCUACAAACUCUUCUCGUUGGUGGACAUCUGUGAUCCCCAGAAGGUGCUGGACAUCGAAGAACGCAUGCUCAUCUACUACAAGUACGACAAUAAUCCGGUCAACUGUGUGAAGAUCUUCACCUCUGCCUUCCGCGCCAAACCCAUUGGAUUCCGCCUGCUUCAGUCCAAUCUGUUUAAUCACUCAAAGCUCUACGGCAGGACGGACUUUAUCAAGUUGUACGACGGCGAUAUCUACAAUGUGACCGCCACGUAUCUGGGGAAGAUCGAAUCGGAUACGGGCAACCAGCGAUCCUUCUUCAAGACCAAAGGACCAACGAUGAGUCUCCAGCUGGUGGCAAGUGGCGCCCCAGAAACCCAUGGUUUUAUAGCGGAAGUGGUCACGGUGCCCAUCUCCACUUUGGGACAAAAUCGCGAUGCCCUGCACAACAUCACGGAUACACACAUCUCGGGAGCCAUGAAGGGUGCUGUUAGCUAUGCCUCGGCGGGUGAAGUGACCCCCACACUGACCCUAAUUGGAAACCGUAUUGAGAAGAACUGUCGCCAGUUGUAUGGCAACUUUUCCACCUGCGCCUCGGCCCUGAAUUUGGAUGUGCAGAACAUGAACUCCAUGUACUUUAUGAACAACCUCCUUUUGGAGAACCAGGGCGGGCUACGCAUUCGCGCUGACUCGCGUGGCUCCGCCACAUCCCUGAGAGGGUUCAUCCAUCACAAUCUCUUUAUGAGGAAUCGCAAUCGUCCCGCUCUUUAUGUGGAAGGACGCCAGUCGUCUCCCUACCAGGAAGUGGAGCUCUAUCGCAAUUACUUUGCCCAGAACAUGGCUGGCUACGAGGAUGUGAUUAGGCUGUGCCAAGUGGUCUCCAACUUCAGCUACAACUAUGUCCACAGCAACAUCGGUGGCCGCAUCAUGGAGGUCUCUGGUUUCGAGAAAGUCCGCCUGCAGAUCUAUCAAACCACAGCCCAUAAUGGUUUCUAUAGAAAUGUCGCCACCAAUUGGAUGACUAGGGCCACGGUUGUGGCCGGCACCGCAGGUCAGCAAUAUGUGGAUAAUAUCUUUGAGAACUACGAGAACGAUUAUGAACUGCUGACUGUUAAUAAUUCCAUUAUGAGUUUUGACUAUGAAAACAGGACCUUUGAAACCUGGAGUUCGAGGAUCGAUGCCCGUCACAACUAUUGGAGUUACAAUAACACUAUUUCGGUACAGUCGCGCAUAAAAGAUAAAUCAGAUGAUCCCAUGCUGCUGGAAGUCCUGGCCGUGCCCUUUCAAAUGAACAAUGAAACCAUUUUGGAUGGCAAAUGUCCACCGGGUUGGGGUCUGGUCCACGACACAUGCUUCAUUUAUGUUGGGGCGCCAAUGACCUUCCACGAGGCGCGUGACUUCUGUCGCUCGGAGAACUCCACAAUGCCGUUUAUCAGAACGGAUCAGACCACGUUGUGGAAGUAUCUGCAGAGCCAGAUGCGGCAUCUGAAGUAUCCCGAAAAGGUGUGGAUACAGGACUACAAUCACAUCGAGCGCUGCACGAGCUUCGUGUUCGGGGAGAUCGAGGUGGAAGACUGUGCCAAGGAAAGGGGCUUCAUAUGCGAAAUGGAUCCAAGAGUAAUCAUUGAUCCCUUGUCCUGGCGUGCUGACAUUUUUGCCAUUAGUAUUAUCUCGGCCUUUGUGCUGGCCAUCAUCCUGCUCAUUCUGGUGGCCUUCUGCUGGUUCGCCAAGUCCAAGCAUCGUCAUGUGCAGCGCCUCCAACGGAGGAACAGCAUCCGGCAGAGUCUGCGGAGUCUCAACAGCAUCGAUCCCCAGGGAUCACUGCGAAGGCGACCCAAUUAUAAUAUGUCCAGCAAUGGCACUCUGUCCAAGAGCCAGGACUACAAGCAGAUGGUGGCCAAUGGUUCCAUCGAUUCCAUGGACAAGAGUGUCCUCAGCUCUGAGGCGGGCAGCUUCGAGGGCUACGAACAGAAGCCCCACUACAAUGAGUAUGUGAAUCAGAAUGCCCUGAGGCCAGCGCAGGCGCCACAGGAUCAUCACCAGCAGUCCUCCUCCCCCCACAAGGUGGCCACCAUUUCCAAGGCCACGGGCCAUCGGGCACGCGCUGCAGCCGCCGCUGCGGCCCUCGAGCCAUCGGAUGCGUUUGAGUUGAGUUACCGGAACGAGGGCUUCCGGGAUAACUCCACGUAUGGCGGCGGAACCAGGGCAAACUCAAUAAGCACCAGUGUGGCCGAGGACACGCCCAUUAUCCAUCAAACGGAUGCGGAAGGAGAGGAGGUGGGCUCCGAUUACUACGGCAAUGCCAGUACCCUACCCUUGAGAACGGACACAGGUGGCAGUAGCACGGGGGGCGUGUCCCGAGGCAGACGCGGUCAACCCGGCCUGGCGUUCCUCAGCGAACUGAAGCAGAAUCUGCCAGAGUAUCAGCGGAGCUCCCACAGCAGCUUUAUGCCACAGAGGAGCAGCGGCGAGUCGCUGCCCUUCGACCAGAAGUUGGAUCAAUUCAACUACUCCACAGAGUCAUCGCUGUACCGCCCGGCGCCCUCAGUGCCUGCUGUCAAGACGCCGCAGCAGCAGCAACAGGAUAUGCGGCGUCCGGACUCGUACUAUACGGCCGUAAGAAGCAGCAAGGCGCCCACAUCACACUACCGGUCACCCCGUCCGUUGGCACAUCCGCCUGCGGCGCCCACGGCACAGGCGCGGCCCAAGACUGUCUACCAGACGGCCUCCGAGGAGUCCUCGCCCACGACGCCCUCGCCGCUGGCCGUGACCAACUCUUACCAUCGAUCCAAGUCGGAGGCUCUGCUGGAGACCGAUUUCGAUCACGAUGAUGGUUCCGGGGGACUGCAACCGUUGCAGACGAACGGACGGAGUCACAGUCAACCCCUGGAGACGGCUAUGUGAGGAGUUUGGCUCCACUUCAUACUCUAUUUGCCCCUAAGCAUCACUUCACUUCCUAGUUUUUAGUUUUGCAUUGAACGAACCCGAAACGAGAUUAUGCUAGCCGACACGAUCGAUAUUGAGAGACGAAGACGCCCGCCCGUUGUUUUUUGUGGUAUACUUAGAUCAUUCCAUCCAUUAGUUAUAGUCCAAAUUUAAUUAUAAUCGAAACGAGAGCAAACAAAAUACGAAUUAGCCUUAAGUUGUUGUAAAUAAACAUAACAGAGAAAAUGACUAAA